UCAGGUUUGACUUUAGUAGUGAAGAUUAUCCACUGCAAAUUCACUAUAAAAUUUAAUAAUAUAAUUGAUACAGUGAUUGAACAUUAUCAAAUAAAGAUAGGAUCCAUUUGUUGGGUAUUCUCAAUGUCAUUAUGCAAAUCUUUCAAAGAGGGCUAUAGAAACAAGAAAUUCUUUUCUUUUUCCAUGCAAGAAGAUAUACCAAUAACUCCAUGCACAAGAAGAAUACCCAAAUCUCUUCCUCCAAGAAAACAGAUGAAAGACCUUCUCAAACACCCGGAAAAGAACCAUCUCAAACAAAGAAACUCUGUCAGCAAUUAGAACGAAGACAAAUUAGAUGGAUUCCAAGAUGGGAGCUGCAGAAAAUUAUCAAAUGACUUAUUUUCAACCAGCAAGUGAAUUGACACAGAAUCCAGAUUCCGAUACUCUCAUUUUAGAUGUGGCUGGGCUUAAAAAAGACCAGUUGCAAGUUCAAAUAACUCGUGAUUCAAUCCUAAAGAUCACUGGAGCACGGCAACUUGAGGAUAACAGGUGGAUCGGUUUUCGUGAGGAUUUCCCGGUUUCACAAAAUUGUGAUACCAAAAAAAUCAGUGCAAAAUUUGUAGACGGCAUGCUGUUUGUGACUAUGCCAAAACUGAUUAGUCCAGAAGAAAAAGAAGACAGAAAACUGCCUACCUCAGAAACCCAAAAACCUCAGAAGCCCACAGAGGAGCCAAUGGACACUCCAGAGAAGAAUCGAGAACAAGCCAGCCUAAAAACCUUGGCAAGUGAUGAUCAAAACAAGCAGAAUGGUACCAAGAAUAUUCCUGAGGAAUCACAUGUGGAGGAAGAAACAAAAAGCCAAGAACAAGCCGGCAAAAAGACCUUGGGAAAAGAUGAUCAAGAAAAGCAGACCGAUGGCAAGAACGUUCCCGAUAAAUCACUUGAAAGGGAUCAAACAGAGUCCUCAAACGUGAAAAGUCAAGAACAAGCCCAUGAAAAGCCCUUAACAAGCGAUGAUCAAAACAAGCAGACUAUUGCCGAGAAUGUUGCUGAGAAAUCCCUUGAGAAGGACAAAACAGAAUCCUCAAAUGUGAAAAGCCAAGAACCAGACCGCGAAAAGACCUCUGCAAGUGAAGAUCAAGACAAGCAGAAUAUUGCCAGGAACGUUCCUGAAAAAUCAAUUGAAAAGAAAGAAACAGAGUCCUCAAAUACCGAUAAUAAAAAUGUCAUAGGUCCUGCAGGAAUCUUGAAGAUGGCAAGCCAAAAGAUGAUCUUGGUUCUGUUUAUUCUGUUGGCUAUUCUUAUUGCCCUUUAUGUUAGUAAUCUUAUUUGGUAUUCCAAAAAAGCUGAGAAUUGAGGGUCGUUCAUUUUGUAAAUAAAUUAUGUAACAAUUCAAAGAAUAAUGUACUUUCCAUCUGAUUGAAGGGAAUAAAUAAUAAAUAGAAUUUGAUAGUGCU